AUGAAUUUUUAAGAAGAAAAUGAAUCAAAUUCAGACAUUAUUGAUAAAACAAACAAAGAAAGUAUUGAUUUACUUAAAUAGUUUGGGAUGAUAGACGAUGAAGGGAAUAGAGUUAAUAAAAAUCACUUAAUUUGUCAAGAGCAUAAAAGGAAAAUAGAAUUUGUUUAAUUUUUAGAUGUUUCUUAAUCAUAUAAGUUUAUGUGUUCAAAAUGCUUUUAAGAUCACCCUAAUAAAGAAAGAGGAAUUUUAACACUUGAUGAAUAUAUUGAUUGCAUGAUAGAAAUGGAGAAAAGACUUCUUGCUGAACGACAGCAAGUAGUGAAUGAAAGAGCAAAUCAGUUGAGAAGGGCAAUUAAAAAAAUUGAAAAUUCUCUAUAAAAUAUGGAAAGAGAAGAAUUAGAUGAUAUAGAAAAAUAAAUAAAUAGCAUUUAAAUUAAAUUUAAUGAUAAAAACAAAUUAGAAGUGUUGGAAAAGAGCAAUCAAGCCAAUAUUUAGCAAAGAAUUUAAAAGGAUUUGCUAGAAAAAGAAUGCUAGUUUAUAAAAAUGUAAGAGAAAACUUAACAUACUUUAUAACUCAUUCAACAAUCAGAGUACGACUUAUCAAAUCUAUAAGGAAUUAUAAUAUAUUAGGAUAAUCUGUUUGAAAUAGCUUAGAGGUAAUAAAAGUUGAUGAAAGAUAGGUAGAUGAAUAACGAAUAAGAAAAUAGUUUAAAUAUUAAUUAAGAUGAUGAAGAAGAAGCCCAACCAGAACUAGAUGCUGGCAUAUUUUACUCUUCUUUUUUAUCUGAUUUAGAAAAUGGCAAAGUAAUAGUUUCUUUUGUUAAGCUUUCAAGCAAUUUAAUUGUUUUCAGCAAUAAUAAAACAAUUUACUACUAUGACUUAGCCAAAAAAUAAAUAGUUAAUUAGCUUUAGUUUAAGGGAAAUGUCUUUAUUAUGAAACUUGAUAAAAUUUCUGAGAAUAAAAUAGCUUUACUGCUUUACACUGAAUUAAGAGACACAAAUUUACCUGGCGUAAUUGUAUUUGACUUUGAAAUCUAUGUAAUUGAAAGGGUAUUUGACAAUUUAAGAAAAGAAAGAAUAAAUAUUCCAGAUAAAUUUUAAGUCUACAAAGAUAUCUUUUGUGUAAAAAAUUCGUCAUUGCUCGUCGUAGUUUUAGAAGAUGCAAGUUUAAUUAUUUUAAACACUAAGAAUAGCAAACUAGUAGCUUAAUUCAAAGGAAAUAUAGAUCAGACCUUAUUUCCUUUUUAGGGCAUAGUGAGUUGCACAAUGCUCUAUAAUUUUACUCUAGAUAAUAUUUUUUACAAAUCUAUUAUUGUACUCAACCUUAUUGAUGGAACCUAUGGCUUUUGGGAUUAUGCCUCGAAUAAAUUUAUUUAAAAGAAUUUUUAUCAAAGCGUGGUUUAAAAAAUGUACACCUAAUGUGUAGCUUUAAAUAUAAAUGAGGCUUUUAGUACCUAAAUGAGAUUAAGAAACCCUAAAGAUUAAAGUAAAUAACAAUAUUUAAUGAUGAUAUCAGGAAAGCAUAAUGAGACAUUUUUUUAGAGAGAUUAUGAUGGACAAAUUGAAAUAAAACUAAAUUUCUAAAUGCUUUAACACUUCGAUUUGUUUUAUAAUAAAUCAGCUGUGCCGUUUUAUAACUAAAAUACAAUUUUUUUCUAUGAUUUUAUAGAUAAAAAAAGGUUAAAAACUAUUCCUAUAUCUUGCCAAACUUUGUAGGGGCAAUAGCAAGCUUAAAAUCACUUUGAAAUUUAUUUAAAUUAUCCGAAUAUUUCGUUCUAAAUAUAAUAUGAUUUUUAGAUUUUAACAUCAUAGAAUAUUAGAUAUUAAGCUUUUUAAACAAAUAAUUAACAAUAAAAUUCUUUAAAUUUGACAAGAAGAACUAGCAGCAUGCAAAGUGAAUUUAACAAUCAAAAUGUUUAGACUUUGUUUUCAUCAUAAAAUUUAUCCAACUAGAAUAGACCAAGUAGUCAACAGAACAAUAUUUCAUAAUAAAAUAACUCUUUUUCUCAAACAUGGGAUUAACAGCUCUAAAUAUUUUAACAGAGUCAAAGAAACAUAAGUUAAACUCCAUUUUACCAAAAUAAUAGAUAAAAUUCAAACUAUUUAAACAACACAAGGUCUUUUGAUAGUAAUUUAUUCUAAGUUAUGAACUAACAAACUAACUAAAAUAAUCAAUAAAGUAAUGUAUCAAGUGAAAAUUAAGAAUUUAAAGUAAAUAACACAAUUAAAAAUAAACAAAUGGAUGUAUGUCCUGUUGCAAUAAUAAACUGCUUUGAAUAUAUCAUUUUAAUAUUUCCUAAUGGAACAAUCUAAUAUAUUAGAUGA